CGGCUGUGCCCCGGCACCGGCACCGCCACUCCCCGGGGGUACAAAGAGCCGAGGUGCGGGGCCCGGAGCCGCCAUCUGCUGGUGGAGGAAGAGGAGGAGGAGAGGAGGAGGACGAGGGGGUGCUGGGGACCGCUGUGUGUGAGGGCUGCAGCAGGCCGGUGACCCCGAGAUGUCGUGGCUAACGAGGGUGACGAAGUCGAAGGAGAAGCCGGAGUCGGAGAGCUCUCAGGCUCUGGAGGAGAGGGGGCUGCUGGAGCAGGCAAUGCUGGAGCACGGGCGGGAUCCUUGGGAUCCCAAAAUGGUAAGCCAGGAUCCCACCCUCCAAGCUGCCGAAAGGCACUGGCUAAGCUACAUUGCCGUGAAUCAUCCUAAAGGAGAGAAGAAGUGCUCGGCCCUGCAGUGGCUGCUGUUCGAUCUGGCCAGUGUCUUGCAAGCCACGGUGGAAGAGAAGGAGCAAUGCAUAAAGAGCCUGCAGAACAACCUGCAGCUGGCCCAGAACGAAAUCCUGGCGCUGCGCUGUGAUAAAGCCCUGCUAAGCGAGCAGGCCGAGCAAGUCAGAAAAAUAAAAGAAGAACUCCGGGCAGAGAGUGCCGAUAACGCCCGGUUAAGAAAGAAAGUGCAGUGUUUGGGUAAGCUGCUAUCCCUCGGGAAAGGCUUGGACCAGAGGAAGGUAGCGGCUCUGAGCGAGACAAAUGGCAACCUGGAGAUGUUGGAUGGGGAGAAUGUGGAGAACCAGGAAAACUCUGCGGGGCAAGGGGUGGGAGCCAGAAAAAUAAAGCCGGAGGAGGGAGAUGGAAACCAGGGAGCGGGGGAUGUGUCCAGAAAAGAGAAAGUUUGGAAGAAACAGAGGGAGGGGUGGCCUGUGUGGGUUAACCGAAUUUGGGCUUUAGAACAGCACACACCUUUCACGUACGAGGCGGCGAAGCGGGUGGUGACAGCCAUAGGGCUGCCCUGGCCCAAGGUGGGGGCGAUCAUCAGAGCCUUGCCCCCCGAAGAGGCCCUGGGGGGAGAGAUCCUAAGGCUGGUGAUUAGAAAUCUGGGAGAAUAUGAGCCUCUCAAGGAUAACAUGGAAGGGGCGCCCUGGGCAGACGUCCAGGAGGUGUCAGCCUACGUGUGUGGGAAUGUGGUGCUCCGGGUGCUAAAGCAGCAGGAGAAGCCGGUGACCGCCGACUUCGACAUCCACGGGGUGAAUGUGGAGCAGGCAGACAUAGGGGUGCUGGCCUGCCGCGCUCCGGAGCUGCAUAAGGGGUUUUUCAUCAGCUUGGGGUCUACUUUGAUCGGCCGUCCCCUCCACGAGUGCAUGGACACGUUGGAGAACUUGGGGACCCUGAUGGGAGCGGAGGGCAAAGAGAAGGCAAAGAAGAACGCGGUGGGGGUAAAGACAAGGACGUACAUCCCUAGAGGGAUAAUUUGGAAGUAUUUAAUAAAUCAGGGAGUGAACGAAAGAGAGCUGGAUAGUCAGCCCACAGGGGUUUUGCUUGCCAAAAUGAAAAAAAUCCUUCAGGAAAAGGGGAUGAAACAAGAGGAGAUCUGGGAAAAACUGAAGCAAACGAAGCUGUCACCUCCUCCUCCUGUCCCAAAGAGAAAACUAUACCCGUUGGUGAGGGACCUUAAAGACUAGGGGUCCCAGCCCCUGGUGUCAGUGGGAUUAACCUCCACCUCGCUGACUUGGUAUUCAGGGGGAAGAGGCUGUGUGGAGGUGCGGUGUCUGUUGAAGGGGAAUGGGAGGUUACAAACACUUUCUUAGUUGAUACGGGAUCAGCAUUAGUAGAUUGAUGGGGUCCCCCGCUCCUGGGUAAAUCAAGCUGGAUGUUGGCAGUAGGAGGGGGGAAAAUGUGGGGGGGACAAGAAGUAGAAGUGAAUAAGGGAGGAUAAACUGGAUGGACAGAUAAUCCUGGUAAAAGUGGGGGGGGAAACACUUUAGGAAGGAAUUUCCUGUCUUAGUUCAUGGACAUCUGUCCAAGGGAAAACUUACUGUACUGCUGCUUCAGAAGAUGAAAAGGUGACGUGGGUCGUGAAGUACUGGCAUGGAAGUCAAAACAAAAUUAGAGGUGAUAGGUGAAGUUGUUCCAGCUGGAGACCCCCGCUUCCACUCCCAGUACAGUGCAGAAGCUCAGAAGGGUCGCAAGGAGGCUCAGGAGGCAGAACGAAGGUGGAAGAGAGUGGGAUUAUAAAAUCCCGAUUUUCAUGAUCCCUGUAGAAAUCCAGGGACGUGGGGUAUGUGGACGGUGGAACCCCCUUGCACUGAGUUGUAAGUUUGUGUUGGGUUCUGUCUUUUACCCCGGAAAAGGGGAAUGUUUGAACAGUGACAAACUGAUUGUGUGGGCCCCUUAGAGAGGUGAAGGAGGGGGUUGUGUCUGUUUGUGUUUGCUGCCACUGAUGCAGCAAGAGGGGUAGAGGCCGUGGCAGUCUGUGCAGCUGCUGCUAAUACCGGUUUGGUGUCUGUGUGAAAUACUGAACAUGCUUGGUCCUCCGUUCUUAAUUUGGAAGCCACUUGAUGGAUGCACCAGUACAGAGUUUCCUUGUAGGGAUGCGGCUGUAUUGGUUAAAUAUUUCCUGCUACCUGCAGUCCUUUGGGAUGGUGGGAAGAGCUGACAGCUCCACCCAGGUGAGACUGCAGCUAAUGGACAAAGGAGGAGGGCUGAGGUGGGAUGAAGUGCUAUGUGUGUGCUGGGCCGUGUGAGCAAAGAAUGUGCCAGGUACCGGUGAUGGCCCUUGUGAGCUGGUAUAUGGCUGUGGCCCAGAAAUGGAAAAAAUGGGACAGGAAAUGGGCUGAACAGUCGUGUGCCUCAAACACCAACUCGAUCCUGGAGCAGUCAGCUCAGCAGAGCAUGGACUCAGGCAGCUCCCUGGAGUUACACAGCUCGUAUGCCCAUAUAAAAACCCACAACAAUCAAACCCCACUGGGAAAUGUGGUCCAAGGCACACCCCGUGUACCAAGGGGAAGGCCUAGAGAAAAUUCAGGGGUAAUUGUGGCUCUGUUCUGGGGAAACACAGUACUAACUGGAAACAAAGCAAGAAGUUUCCUGGGUGGAUGGGACUUGCUGCCAAGGAAUCAAAGAGAAUGUUUUUAACUAACUAACAAGGGAGAUUGAAUUUUUUUCAGAGACACAGAUGUUGCUGCGGGAUUGAUCACAGGUGUGGAGCACGGACAGCCUCUGCAAGGACCAUCUUCUUCAAGGUGCCCAUCAUCGGUUUAAGGAGCAUCACAAAAACCAUUAAAACCAUCUUCUAGGUGUAAGAGCAAUAGUUUGGACAUGGAACAUCACUGCUGUUAAUAACUUUAAUUCCUUUCAUGAAAGAUGUCAAAGGAAUCUUAAUAGACCUUGAGACCCUGAGACAAUGGGAAUGCUUGGUUUCUCAGUAAUCAUUUGUUAGCAGGCCACUUACUUUUGGCCACUGAGCAUAUCCAAAGCUAAAACCACACUGUCCAUAGGUAACCACAAAUUUUAGUUUGAGAAGAUAAAGUGAAAUGGGCCAAAAUUAAUAUUAAUCCUGUAACUUGGGGAAAGAAUUAGGGAAUUGACAUGUGAGGCAUGCACAGUUCUAGAGUACAUCCAGGGUGUUACCCAUAUAAAUGUAGGUUGUGCCUCUCGUGGUGGUGGAGUCUCCAUGCUUGGAGAUGCUCAAAAGCCAUCUGGAGAUGGUCCUGGACAACUGGCCCUGCUUGAGCAGGGGCGUUGAGCAGGAUGACCUCUAGAGGACCUUUCCAACCUCAGCCCUUCUGUGAUUCAUUGUAUAGAACUAGUGGGAGUUUUGAAUCAUGUGCAAGGUAAAUUGUAUACAAGGUUGUUCUGCCUGGAGAAGGGAAGGUGCUGGGGAGACCUUACUACAGCCUUCCGAUAGCUAAAGGGAAGGAUUGAGGGACGUCUUGCUGAGCAGUGACAGGACAAGGGGCAAUGGCUUUAAACUGAAAGAGGGUAGAUUGAGAUAAAAGGAAGAGAUUCUUUACUAUGAGUGCAAUGAGGCACUGGAACAGGUCGCCCAGAGAAGCUGUGGGUGCCCUGGAUGUGUUCAAAGUCAGGUUGGAUGGGGCUUUGGGCAGCCUGGUCUAGUGGGAGGUGUCCCUGCCCGUGGCAGCAGGGUUGGGCUGGGUGGUGGCUGAAGGUCCCUUCCGACCCAAACCAUUCUAUGAUUCUGAACUGGUGACAAACUUCAGGCCACUGUCUGAUGCACCAACAGUGGUAAUUGCCUGCGAUGGCCAAAUUUGGCACGUGGUAAAAGCAGCUACCAAGUUUAAAAUAAAACAGCAACAAACUGAGGGAUUGAAUAGCAUCUCCAUCCAUCUAUUGCACUCCAGCUCAGCUGUUAGCUACUGAAAGAACAAAUAGGUGGUCAGAUGCCUCUGUAAUGGUUUAGCUCCUUUCUAUGAAAUGUAUGCACUACUUUUGUGCAAUCUGCUGGGGACCACGGGAGAGUAUUUUUGUGUGUCGGUGGAGCAAGUCAGCAUGGGAACUCCCGUGGUAAUUGGUAAGAGGGCAGGUUGUGGAUGUGUUGCCUCACCUCUAGUGGGACAGAGGGAGGAUAACGCAACACCUGUGGCUGCAGUAGAGCAGGGGUGAGGUGUCGCACUUGUCUCCGUGCCUGGUGGUGUGUACUGACAUUCUGUUCUCAAAAGCUGGGUUCUGUUCCAGACCAGAGGACUAAUGACGUCUGUGAACUGACGGUCCUUGCUGGGAUGAGGUACUCGGACAGCAGGACAGCAUGCAGAAGGACGCCGGGAAACCGGAGAGCGGACAACAAACUGCAAGUUGAAGGAUUACCUUAGAGAAUAAGGAACUGUUAGAACCAGAGACUGAUAGCAAAUUGUUACCUGUACAUUAUUGGUAUGGCAUUUGCAUGGACAAGUCACCAAAAGCUAAUGCUAUGCAGCUCGUCAUCAUAGAAUCCUGUACUUGCUAUUAGUUACAACAGCAUUGUCCUUUAUCCUUCUGCACAUGCUCUGCUUCUUUCUAAAGGCAGGAGCACACCGACGUGCCCAGGUGAACAUCUCACAUAUGCUGCUGUCCUGACAGCCGUGGUGGUUUCCAGCCGGAAGGGACUGAGCUUACGAGCAUCCAGAGUGGUCUGCACGUCCUUGGAGAAGGUCGGUCAGGCCAGGGGGUGACUUGUGAGUGAGAGGUCCCGCUGGAGCAUGUGGCCCCGUGCAGUGAGUGGCCUAGGGCAGUGCAUGGCCAAAGUGUGGAAACCAGGCACCUCUGCUGCAGCUCUCUGGCGUGUGAGCUGUCAGACAAGGUCUUGCUUGUGCUUGGUCUGAGCUCGCAGAAGGAUCAAGUGGAAUAGUUGUGUCUAAUAAUUGAAUGAGGAUGAACCCAGUGGGAAAACAAAGAGGUGGAGCCAUGGGGAGCCAGGCUGCCUGCAGCAGGAAUGCCCAGCUGGAGCACUGUGUAAGGCUGUGCUUGCCUCAGUGAGGGUGUCAGGAAAAAUACGUUUGGGUGUGGCUGUAGCAAAACCGGGACCAGUGGGGAGAAAGUUGGGGGCAGGCUGUUUAUUUAGGAGGGGUUCGGGUGGGGGAGAGGCAAUGUGAGGGUGACAAAAAGGUGGAACAGAAUGAAGGAGGAGGUGUAAAACCCACCAAAGACGACCAGAGGGCACAUGCCGACAGCAGCGGAGUCACCUACAGCUGGUACCAGACCCACGCACUGGAGGACAUCUCCUGGGAUCACCGCCUGGGCUCUCCAUCAGGUCUCGGACAUGGUGUGGAGGAGCAGACCUGCACCUCAGGACGUACAGAGCUGCACCCUGUGCUGGCUCCUCGGCUCUGAGAUCUACGGCUCGUAGCUGUGCAUAGCGGUCUGCGUACCUGUGUAACUGAGCAGUGGUACGUCACUUGGAUUACCCAUUACUCUUCUGUUUCGCCACUUUCCUUGUAGUGUGUUCAUCAAUAAACAGUUUGCCUCGG